AUGCUCGUGAUGGAGGAGCAGCUGGGCCGCCAGACCGUGCACACUGCAGAGCUGGAGGCACGGCACGACAUCACUGCUCUGCUAGUUCGCUCCUACUUCGUGGUGCCGCCAUCGUGUCCACACCUGGUGGGGAGGUCUGUUCAUUCGGAGCCAGACGUGCAGCCGGAUUGCCUGGCUGCCGCAUCGAGUGGCCACAGUAAGGAAGACUGUGACAAGGCAACGAAGCAACCGUGCAGCACAGAGUCCCCUGCAGGAUCGCCGUCGACAGCAGAGCUCUCUCAGAGCCACAGGCAACCCUCUCGGCAGAGCUGUGCGAUGGCACGGCAAUGCGAAGACGACACACGUCGAAGCUCUGACUUGCAGCAGCUCUCUUCGUUGUGGAGGCAGCUAUCUGACCUCGAUGAACGACUGGCCGAAGUAGAGUGGACAGUGAUGCAGUGCCGAGGGGCACCACCGAUGAGCGACACGUGCCAACCUCAAAAAAGCCACAUCAACUCGUUCAGACCAACGAUGGACGACUUAGUCGCUCUUCUCGACUCUCUUCUCACAUCGCGAGAGGAGACCCGCGCGCCUCAAUGGGCCGCAGUGACAGCCGGCACAGCGCUACCGCCGCCGAUCCACUCUCGGCAGCAGCACACGCUAGCCAUACUUGCCAAACUACGCGAUGCGCUGCGCAGUACCCAGGCCUCAUACAAAGCAGCCACGGGCAUCCGCGCACACGUCUCACUGGAGACGCUCCUGCAGCUGCCACCUGAGACUCUGCUGCUUCUCACAUGCACUAACGAUGGCAUGCGCAAUGUACGCCAGCCUCAAUCCUGUCAUUCCUUCAGUGCCUCCGGUGGAGCAGCAGCGUGGUGUGACCUCCGGUCAAGCACUUCGCUUUACACGCUGUGGGCCGCGCUCAUGGAUGCGGUUGACAUGUUCCCCUGCUUCACGCUCCCUGCGGCAGAGGCGCUCUGGGCAGCGGUGCUGUGGAUGCACACGUGUGCUCCUCUUGCACCCUCAAUCCACGGCGAGACGCCGGCGCCAGCGCCUGCGAGCCAACGCAGCCACGCCUCGGGAGGGGACACAGCGCCUCUCGACCAGACAGGUUUUGCGCACACAGCGACGGGCAAGGGAGGGGGAGGCAGCCACUCUCGACCUCUCCGAGCUACAGCACAGCCGCCGCCGCAUACAGGCUCCAUCUCUACGUUGCAGCACCGAUCGGAAAGGAGUGCUGUAGAACCUCGACAACGGCGCUCUUCCUCGGAGACGCCUCAGCGAGGGGCUGCAUGCCACAAGGGCGCCGCCGCCUUGGCCGUGCAGAGUCGCUUGCAAGAGGAUAACGAGCGAUGGGCGUACCGAGACUUCCCUGUCCGUCAUCGAUACACGGCGCCGACUGUGUACGAUGACCUCUUUCCCUUGCCGACUGCCGUGUCAGCGUUUAUGGAGCCCCCGCUGUAUACCGCGGCAUCGCCGUCAAUGUCGGCCGAGCAGAACAGCGGUCCCGCCGUCACAGCUGCGACGAAGUCUGCGGCGGUCACCAACCUCAGCUUCUACACCGGGCCUGCCCGCAGACCACGGCCGCUCGUGUAA